GAGGGGGGUGGUUAAGAAUUUCCGGAAUAUACCGACUUUAUCCCUUUUUUGGUUUAGUCUCGUUCUAAAGGGCAGUCCCCUCCCCCUUGCUUCUAAUCUGGAUACGCUUUUCAUCGCUUCCAUCGUUUUCGUCCAGCCAUUAUUUACACAACAUGGAUUCUUUGGUAUUUUCAAAAAGGGAAUCUUAUUUCAUUUUCUCUCAGUGUGACCCAAUCGGUGCCCGAUAGCAAAUUGCACCCUGGAGACACCAUCGCCUUGAGAACUGGUGAGGGGACUACUGGUGAAGGGACUACUUUCAAGGACGCUGAACAAUUCAGAGAGUACAUCAAAAAAACUGUAGCACCAACGAUAAUGUUGGCUGUUACACCAGGUGUCGGAAUCACGAUGAAAGAUGGAGACCAAAAACUGACCAUCGAUAUUACAGGACAAAAGACACAGAGACCUGACGCAAUGGAAGCUGUCUUGAAAGCCUGCAUUCAGAAGCUUGCUAUCGCAGAGAUCAACGGCGCACCAAUACCAGUAGGAACCCAGGAACACCAGGUUGCGCAGAUAUUGGGAGAGGCCCUGAGAGGAGAUUCAACUGAAUGUCACCUUCACCUCAUUCCGAGGUCGUUGAUGAGGGCCGAAUCCGAUGACCAAGAGACCAGGCCUAUUAAUGUCGAAGAUAGUUCUAGUGUCUCUGGCAACACAAAUACCACUGAUCAUGAGGAAACGGAGUGCUGACAUUAUAACUAUCAUCAGCUGCAUCACAAGGCAAAGACAAUAGUUUGCUAUUUUUGUUAAUUCAAAUUAUUAUCCAAAAUGUGGGAAUUUGACAGUCCCCUCCACAAGUGAAUGAAAAGAAUAACCACAAAACACAAUCCUGAGUUAUUAUUAACCAAUAAUUAACCAACUGGAUUUCCAUUGUGGUGGCAAGAAGAUUGGGACAAUUAGAAAUUAUUUCUAUGGCACGUCAAAAAAAAAAAAACCUGUUUGAUAGCUUCCGUGUCGUCUAAGUGCAGGACACCUUUCUCAGACGUGUACUAGAAGAUUUAAUUUAGUUGCCAAUAGACACUGAAAGUUGUCUGUAGGGAAAUAAAUGCAAUACGUUUCAUAAAACUCAUUAUGAUAAUUGAUAUCAUCCUGAUGAAAUUGUAUUGUAAGAGUGUGAUGACUUCUUUCUCAGAAGGAAUAAAUAAUUAUCUCUGAAAUCAUGCAUGUGGUUAGAAUUUUUGAAGAUGCAUGUGAUGCAUCGAAACAAAAAUAUAUAUGGCUGAAAAACGAAAGCCCAUAUAACUCUUUAUUCAUAACAUGACUGAGUAGAAUUUUUACCAUGUAUUUAUAUUUGAAAAAAUAAUUUUGUUUUUUUGAUCAAAUAUGAACCUUGAUCGACCUCUAGAUACGGAAGACUGAAGGGGAAUCCCCAUGAGAUAAUGACGUCAUGGUGGGACUUGUUAAUUCUUGUAAAAAUUGAUUGAUUUUUUUUUUCAACUCUCAGUUUUGUAAAUACAG